CACUCAGCCUGGCAGCAGGAAGUGAAUAGCAGUCGCUGCAGUGACUCUGUUGCAAGACCCCCGGGCCUCGGCUGCUGCCGCUGGGGACCCCAGAGCCCUGGCUGCAGGCGGGGGAGGAACAGUCCCACUGCUCCCCGACAGACUGUCCCAGUGCAAAGACCCCAGCCUGUCCCGUCGCCCCCUUACUGGGACCCAGAGCCCUGCUCCCAGGCAGAGCCCCACGUGGAUAGAAGAUGCCGGUGACCUUUGAGGAGGUGGCUGUGUAUUUCACCAAAGGGCAGGGGGCUCUGCUGGACCCCAGUCAGAGAGCCCUUUACAGAGAUGUCAUGCAGGAGAAUUAUGAGAUUGUGACCUCACUGGGACUCCCCAUUUCUAAACCUGACCUGAUUGCCCGGCUGGAAGCAGGGGAAGAGCCGUGGGUCCCAGAUCUCCAGGUCUCUGAGGAAAGGAAGAUCCCAAGAGGCACAUGCACAGCAGAUGAGACAAUGAGUGAGAACAAGGAGGGGAAUCCACAGCAGGAAGGUCCCAAGGAAGUGGAACUGCAGGGAACCUUUUUGAGAAGAGCUGAAGGGAAUUUUUCCAAGUGCUUGGAACAGAGAAAAGCCUGCAGUAAUUUGCGCAGGUCGGAGAGAAACCUGGGAAACCGCCCAAUAAAGAAAGUGGAUGAAUCCAUUGAAUGUGAAAGAGGCGGCAAGGAUCUCAAGGAAACCACAGCCCAGCGGACAAAUCACAAGGAAAAGAAACCCAAUAAAUGCUUGCACUGUGGGAAAAGCUUCAGUCAGCGCUCAGUACUUACUAACCAUAGGAGAAUCCACACAGGAGAGAAACCCUAUAAGUGUCUUGCAUGUGGGAAAAGUUUCAGUCAGCACUCAGGACUUACUAACCAUAGGAGAAUCCACACAGGAGAGAAACCCUAUAAAUGCUUUGACUGUGGUAAAAGCUUCAGUCAGAGAUCAGGUCGGAUUACACAUCAGAGGACCCACACAGGAGAGAAACCCUAUAAAUGCCUGGACUGUGGGAAAAGCUUCAAUGAGAAAUCAACUCUAAUUAAACAUCAGAGAACACACACAGGAGAGAAACCCUAUAAAUGCCUUGAGUGUGGGACAAGUUUCAGUGUACCAUCAGCCCUUGUUGUACAUCAGAGAACCCAUACGGGAGAGAAACCUUAUAAAUGCUUGUACUGUAGGAGAAAUUUCAGUCGGUGCUCAAGCCUUAUUAGACAUAGGAGAAUCCACACAGGAGAGAAACCCUAUAAAUGCUUUGACUGUGGGAAAAGCUUCAGUCAGAGAUCGGCUCAGACUAAACAUCAGAGAACCCACACAGGAGAUCAACCCUUUAAAUGCUUGGACUGUGGGAAAAGCUUCAAUGAGAAAUCAGUUCUGAUUAAACAUCAGAGAACCCACACAGGAGAGAAACCCUAUAAAUGCCUGGACUGUGGAAAAAAUUUCAGUGGACCAUCAGCCCUUAUUGCACAUGAGAGGACCCACACAGGAGAGAGACCAUAUAAAUGCUUGGACUGUGGGAAAAGUUUCAGUCGGUGCUCAAGCAUUAUUAGACAUAGGAAAAUCCACACAGGAGAGAAACCCUAUAAAUGCCUGGACUGUGGGAAAAAUUUCAGUGGACCAUCAGCCCUUAUUGCACAUCAGAGGAGCCACACAGGAGAGAGACCAUAUAAAUGCUUGGACUGUGGGAAAAGUUUCAGUCGGUGCUCAAGCAUUAUUAGACAUAAGAAAAUCCACACAGGAGAGAAACCCUAUAAAUGCUUUGACUGUGGGAAAAGUUUCAGUCAGGACUCACACCUUAUUAGACAUCAGACAAUUCACACAAGACGGAGACCCCAUAAAUGCUUGGAUGAUGGGAAAAACAUGGGAGAGAGACCCUAUAAAUGUUUGGACUGUGGGAAAAGCUUCAGUUGGCGCUCAAUCCUUAUUAGACAUGGGAGAAUCCACAUGGGGUAGAAACCCUAUAAAUGUUUGGACUGUGGGAAAAGCUUCAGUCAGCGGACAGGCCUUAUUAAGCAUGGGAGAACCCACAAGGGGGGAAAUUGUGAAAUUGUCAGAACUCACACCUUAUUACACAUCCAGACAGUCCACAUAAGAGAGAAUCCACAUAAAUACUUGAAUGGUGGGAAAAGCUUCAAUCCCAGGUCAUACCUUCCUAAACAUCGGAGAAUUCACAUAGGACAGAAUCUAUAAAUGCCUCAACUGUGGAAAAAGUUUCAUUCGAAGCUCAAACCUUGUUUCACAGACAAUCUACGAAAGAGAGAGAGCACAUAAAUACUUAGAUUGUGGGAAAAGCUUCAAUGGCUGCAGAAAAAGAUUCAUUCUAAGCUCACACAUUAGUCCCCAUCAGAUAAUUUACAGAAGAAAGAGCUUGAAUGUGGGGGUGCCUUCAUUUGGUGCUCGCACGGCAUCAAGCAUCAGCAAAUCCACCCAGGGAAGAGCCCUCUCGGAUGUCUUUAUCUUGGAAAAUGCUUUAGAUGGAGCUAACACCAUACUGGACGUAAGAGACUCCUCCACACAGGAGAGAAAUUCUCUCAGUUCCCUGACUAGGGCUGACCAAAGUAAAAACUCCAUUUCCUAAUUCCCACACACAGCAGUGGCAUUUGGCUCCCAGGUAUCCAGCUGCCCAUGUCUGGGGGCAGGUUCCAGCAGCAGCUGACCCUGAGCUGAUCAGCAACCCUCUGUUUUUGCCUGGUCUAAGCAAACCCCAGGCAGAGGAGAAGUCCUUAUCAGCCCCUGCUGCAGCCCUGGCUGCUGAACUGAUGGGCCUUCCUGCCUCCUGGUAACUUGCUUGGGGAAGGGAGAGAGAAACACUUCCAGAAGCUCCCUGUGCCUGGAUAAAGUUCCCCCCUCUCCCUUCCCAGACGUGAUGCCCCUUCCAUGGAGAUUAGGAGAGGGAUACUUGGGCCAGGCCUCACAUUCACUCUGGAUGCCUGUCCCCACCUCACCCCCAUUUCCCAGCAGUCCUGGCCUGGUUUCCCCCACUUACCUGGAGCUGGUCCCUGCAGAGUGAAUGUCCCUGGGGCUGGCAACUCUUCCCCUCCCUAAAUCCCUGAAAGUGCUGGGUUCUGGGGGAUCAAGUGUGAAAGGACCAGGAGGGAUGGGUUUUGGAUAGGAACCUGGGGGAUUGAAUGGUUGGGUCUGGUGGAUGUUGGAAGCAGAGGGUGCUGGAGAAAUCAAAUAUUAGGGAUCAUGGGCUAAGAGCGGAGAGUACCGGGAAGAGAGGUGCUGCUUGUAUCACUCACCCCCUCUGCCCCUUUUUCCCUGCAUCCUCUGCAUUCAGAAAGCUCCAUUGAGAGGGACUGAUUUCCACAGGGUCUUUUGUAGGAGGACUAAAGGUCUAGGGAUCCCACCUCUGCCUCCACAGCAUCAUCCUCCAAGGGUCUCUCUGUGGUGGGAAAAGUGGUUGGGAUUAGCUAGCAAAUCUCCCCUGACCCUCCUCCACUUUUCCUAAACUAGACUGACCCCAACCAUCUUACACAUUCCAUCCCCCUUUAGCAGAGUGAUUGUUAGAGUCACUGAGUUCCCCCUUUGGGGAGAGAUUGUCUCAUUCCUACAUAGUCUCACAUUGCUCCAGGUUAUGCAAAAUAAAUAAAUAAAUUAUUUUUUGUACAUUGACUCCCUUAAAGACCAGAAUUAACAGAUCCUAAAAGUGCUGGACCAGGGAUAGGAAAAUGUGGUGUUUUGGGUUCUGUGUUAUUUGAGGGUGAUGGGGUGAGUUGGAGGGGUUCCCUCUUCUCCCCUUCGCUGUCACACUUCACCCCGACACAGCAGCCUCUGUCUGAGCUUUAGAGAGUUUAUCCUCUCCCCAUUCUCUCCACCUCCCAGGAUGGCUCUUGUCACAAUGUUCUUUGCUCUCCAUGCUUAGGAAUCACACUUUGAUUCUUUUGAUCCUGACUCAGACUCCUGAGGGCUAGAGAUGAGUGUCCAAGACCUGGAGGGGGAAUUCAAAUGAAUCCCAAAGCUCUGUUUGAGCUUUCUGAGCUUAAACCCCUGUUUCCAUCUAUUGAUAAAGUGGCUUCUAGGCUUUUUCCAGCCAAGUCCAGAAUAUUUGUGGAGGGAUAGAUUUUAGGUUUGGCUUUUUUUUCUUUUUCUUUUUUAGAUCAGGACAAUGCUAAAACUUUUGUAAAUGACACAACCAAAUAAUGAGGAGGUGCUGAAUACAGGUUUAGCCAGUUCAGAGGAAAAUGGAUACAUUUGUUUUCCUUCUUUUGGGAGUUAUGAUUCUGUGGGAUUUCUCUUUAUCUAACCUGAAUGUGUUCUGUAGCCCAUCUGGUAGUGCUGGAUUUUCUCUUUUCUGAAGGGUGUUUAGUCACAUACUUUGAUAUUAGUUUAGUUUGACAGGGUGUAGCACAGUUUUAUUCAGGACUUUAUGAGACAAACGAUCAUUUGCCAGAAGAGUCCUUUUUUAUUUUAUUGUAACCUUUCUUUACCCUUUGUCAUGAGAUUUUUGUGUGUUUGAACAAUGAAAAUUAUCACUAUCUCUCAGCACGAAUACCAAGGAUGAGAGCUAGAUUCACACUCUGAGAGGCCGAAACUGAACGGGGCAUGGAGUUACUGCCUGAUCCCUACAGAGAUGUGAGAUGCAGUCAGGAGCGGGAGAGGGUGGGGAAACAGAGCUGGGAAACUGCAGACUUUUCUCUUGAGAGCCAGACAGCUGAUGCUGAAAACUGAACUUGCUGUGCCAAUGCCAGAGAGACACAGGAAUUGCCUUGUGAGUGCUGGGUGAAGUCCCUGAAAUAUAAAGGGUUACAAAUGAUGCCCAGAGAUGAAUUAUAAGUGGAGCAGGCAGCAUCUCCCGACUGCUGAGAGGAGAAGCCUGGGGAGAGACAAGAAGGAAACUGGGGAAGCCAACAGGUCUGGACUAGCCUUGAAGCCAGGCUGACCCCCAUCAUAGAGGCCAGACGGAGAUGAGCCUGACAAACCAGUUGGUCACCCCUCCCCAUCUACCAGUGUCCUGUGUGGGGAUGACAGAGACGCUGUCUAUCCCACUCACACCACACUGUAUCUGUCUAAUCGCAGCUCCUUGGAUUCCCUGCUCUCUGAGUGUUUGCUUUGUGUCUUGGGGAUUUGGGCAUAGCAAUGUGCUGGGCUGGGGAAGUAAAGUACCAUGCUGAGCUGGGCUGGGGAAAGGAGUCUGUCUUUUUUUUGUUCUUUGGAAUAAUAAAGUAAAAUUUAGUUUCUCACA